AUGAGGAGAGAAAUGCCAAAACACAAGAUCAAGUACGAGCAUGAUGAUAGUGAAGAUGUCAGAACACAAAACGGAGGAGACCAGACAGGGUUGGCAAAAAACCAACGAGACUGCAAUGAUGGUACUUCUGAUAUUGAAUAUGCCAAUUGUAAGCCAUUUUUACCAUCUGAGGCUAUCAGUUGCAGUGUUGCUGCUGAGCUGUUCAAGUGUUUGAAAGUUGAUAUCCAAGAAGAGAAAAUUAGAAAAACUAUCUAUCCAAGUUCAAGGCAUUUCGAUCUAGAGGCUCACAGGAGAAAAUGGUUUGGCAGGGAAUUUUUUGGAAAAGAUGAAAUGGACGAAGAGAAGUUUUUCCGCUUGUUUCUAGGGAAAAAGAAACGAAGAGCAGCUAAAGAUUCUGGCUAA